AAAAAAAUGGAUCGGGCGGCGAUAACAGUAGGGCCGGCGAUGGACAUGCCGAUCAUGCACGACAGCGACCGGUACGAUUUGGUCAAAGAUAUCGGCUCCGGUAACUUCGGCGUGGCUCGGCUAAUGAGAGACAAACUCACCAAAGAACUUGUUGCUGUUAAGUACAUCGAGAGAGGAGAUAAGAUAGAUGAGAAUGUUCAAAGAGAGAUAAUUAAUCACAGGUCACUGAGGCAUCCUAAUAUUGUCAGGUUUAAGAGGUUAGUUAUUUUGACACCUACUCUAGCCUUUGUAAUGGAAUAUGCAUCUGGUGGAGAGCUUUCCGAGCGUUGCAAUGCUGGGGCGUUCAGUGAGGAUGAGGCUCGCUUCUUCUUUCAGCAGCUGAUAUCUGGCGUCAGCUAUUGCCAUGCAAUGCAGUAUGCCACCGACUUAAAGUUGGAAAACACAUUGUUGGAUGGAAGCCUGGCUCCUCGGUUAAAGAGUGAUUUUGGGUACUCUAAGUCCUCGGUGCUUCAUUCACAACCUAAAUCAACCGUGGGAACUCCUGCAUAUAUUGCUCCAGAAGUAUUGCUGAAGCAAGAGUAUGAUGGCAAGAUUGCAGAUGUAUGGUCAUGUGGUGUAACAUUAUAUGUGAUGUUGGUGGGAGCAUAUCCUUUUGAGGAUCCUGAGGAGCCAAAGGAUUUCAGGAAAACAAUACAAAGGAUUCUCAGUGUCCAGUAUGCCAUUCCAGAUGUUGUUCAAAUAUCUCAGGAGUGCCGCGAUCUGAUUUCUAGAAUUUUUGUCGCUGAUCCUGCAACCAGAAUCACGAUUCCUGAAAUUAGGAACCAUCAGUGGUUUUUGAAGAACCUGCCUGCAGACCUGGUGGACGAAAAGACAAUGGGUAGCCAUUAUGAAGAACCUGAUCAACCAAUGCAGAGCAUUGAUGUGAUCAUGCAGAUUAUUGCUGAGGCCUCCAUACCAGCAGUUGGAAAUGGGCUUAACCGAUAUAUGACAGACAACUUUGACAUGGAUGAUGACAUGGAGGAUUUAGAUUCUGAAUCGGACCUCGAUAUUGACAGUAGUGGAGAGAUAGUUUAUGCACUGUAAUAGCAGCUGUGUGUGUAUGAAAUUCUUAUUGGCGGCAGCUUCGACAAUUUAGUAAUUUUGGGUCUAGGGGAAAUGUGAAUAUCUAGUUAAGAGAAAGUGUGGUAGGUAGUAGAUUACCAAAGUACUGCCUCGGGUAAGUGUUGGUUUCAGUUAACAUAAGAUCCUUGGAGUCUUGAGUCAGCAUUGUUAGAAACAUGAAGCUUUUAUACCUUUAUAUGUGGAGAAAUUUGAUGUCUCAUAGUCAUGGUGUAGUAACUGGUAAAAAUAUUUCAAUCAAGGGGUAGAUUUCCCUUUGUUGAACUAUUCAAUUAUUUUUUUGAAUCGUUGCUGUAGUUCGUGGUAUUGUUUUGCUUUAAUUCCCAAUUUAUAUACAUAUGCUUUGUA